CCCGCUUAGAAAUCCACCACCCCGCGGCAGAUUAUGCUCUGUGUCUUACCGCUUUAGUGACCGCUUUUGUGUCAGCGCGAGACGCGAAAUAGCAUCAUUGUAGGCGUUUACUGGAUUUUCUGUGAAUAUAUGGCCACGGUCCUGAUUGUAGACUGUUUAAUUGCAGGUUGCAUUGAUUCUUCCGAUUUACCUGGGUGUUUCAGAGUGGAAAGAAGCCAUGAACCCCUUGCAGGAGUCUUACCCAUGCGAGCAAUGCGACAAGGUAUUCGGGCGUAAACACCAUCUGAAACGCCAUAUCCUAACUCAUACUCGCCCGCAACUCCAUCUUACUUGUGACCAAUGUGGCACAGCACUGACUCAACAAUGCUAUGACCGGGGACAUUCCGGGUCGAAAGAGUUCAAAUGCCGCUUUUGUUCAAAGUCCUAUACUCGAAGAUUGAUGCCUCGCAUGAUGCUAUGGAAAUAUCAGACGACUCGGAAAAUGAUGGAAAUGGCCCAACAUCGCAAGCAAGGCCACCUGCUAAUCUUACACGUGCGCGGGCUCCUCGUCCGCGUGUUCCAGCUUUGGGUGCUCGUGCUCGUGCCCCUGCUGCCCCGUCUGCUCCUACUGCUCCUACUGCCCCUGCUGCUCCUGGUGCAGCCAACUCCUCUAAGCCAAUACGCCAGUUGAGAUCAUCACUUCCCAAAAUGCGUCGUUCAGAUGAACGGUUCUUGUUGCCUGAAUCCCGUUACAACGUGAUGACCAACGCCUCAAUAUAUGAGUCACUUAAGUCAUAUUUUGUGAGCCUGGGAGAAACAGAAGAUGCGACAUUUCCAUGGUGGAGGGUCAUCCAAGACUUUGUACACUUGUAUUUUGAACACUUUGACCAUGAAUACCCCGUGGUUCACCCAUACGCUCUAGAAUUGGGGCAUGACAAAACUUCAUGGAUGCUACUGUUAGCAGUGGUUACUGUUGGGAGUCAAUAUAGCGCUUUCGGCAAUGCCAAUCAGUUUUCAGCAUCUUUCGGAGAGAUGCUCUGUCACGCAAUAACACAACACCAACCCCAAUCACCCGAAUCAACAACUUUAUCCUAUGCCCAAAGCGUGUUUCUUAGUGACGUCUCCUUGAUGUUUGGCGGGUCGCACAAAGCGCAGUUGAAGCUGCAGUAUGAGCGAAAUGUACUUGUCACAUUGGCUCGUGUCUUAAAGGUUGAUCCAUGCAUGAAAACAAAAUCGUCACAAGCCCCAAGACAGUGGAAAGCCUGGCUGGCAAGAGAAUCUCGUAUACGUUUACUUCAUUGUAUCUUCCAACUCGAAUGUCUUCAACUCAUUUUGUUUGAUCGUCAGCCGAUAUUUGGGCAGCACGAACUCCCGGAGGAGUUCCCUUGUCGCCAAUCACUAUGGUGUCGCAGGAAUGCUGACAAUUUCGUCCAUGUAUACCAGUCUGAUCAAAAUCUACCACAAUCUCCAUCCACUCAACUUGAUGUCAGAAAAGCCAGUGAAACCAUGGCAGGAAUGGAUGCUUAUCGCCGAAAUCUCUACAUGCUGUCUCUUUACAGCGAGGAGAGAUUGUUCCUUGACAAAAUGUCAUAUUCUUCCAUAUGGAAAUCGAGCCUAAGUUCUCAAGUAACUGGCGUGCCAGUUCAGGAGCAAUGGGCCCAUCUUACAUCAACUCCUUCAGCUCUGCGCGCAAUGAUGUUUCGGUCGAUGGACGAAGUAUUCGCGGCUAUUCCCACCUCAGCCAAACCCGACUAUAUUGCCGCUCGAGAUGUCAUCCAUCAUGUACUAUGCCUUCUCCGACAAGUAUCACUUCAGAUGCUCGAGUCAUUUUCAGGGUGGCAAGGCGAGGACGCUGAAGUUGAUACGUCAACAACAAAUACCCUGAAACAUUGGAUGGAAAGCAAUGCAUCUAGUGCCAGGAAAUGUCUGUGGCAUGCUGUAUGUGUUUUCAGCACAUUAAAAGCCAAGCAGAAAUUCGCCUGUCAUGAUCCUCUCUGUUUCCUGAUUGCUUUCUUCUAUAUAUGGGCAUUCGAUACGCUCGUGGUCGCUCCUGAAAUGGAAAAGCCGCAAGCUUCAACCAAAGAAAUUCGCUUGUUAGACACCAGGGAAAUUCACAUUUGGAUCGCCGAAGGCCCAAAUACUCCGCUCAAUCUGGUUGGGGUCGGCAAUCUGACGGGCAAGGCAAGCUCCUUGCGUCUGCUCACCGAGGUGGCCCAAAUUUUCUCAAAACGCAAGUCCUGGUCUGGACUUUGCCGUGGCCUUGCAUCUGCAGUUGAUCAAAUCCUGAGAAAACAGACAACUCCUCAGGUAGUCCCUGAAGGGGGGCCCGCGCCUCAGGGGAACAGCAAUACACAAGUGGCCUGAACGCUUUGUUACUUACUCUUUGAAAUACCAUAUUAUCUAUUCAGCGCUACUUUAAUGAUACCCGAGGCCUCGAGGCAAUCGAAUUUCAAAGGCUUCAUGAACCAGUGAUUUGGACGCGUCCGUCUUCAUCUUAAACUUACAUAUCAAUGAGACUAAUUUCGG